AUGGAAGAGAGACUCGUGUUUUCGGAGAGGGUGCUACGAUUGUUGGGCGUUUGGCCAUUGUGCGGUAACGAUAUCAUGAGAACGUCCCUUGGCCGAUGGUGUUUCGCCAUGUUGACGCAAAUCAGUACUAUCUGCAGUCUGUCCAUGGAGGUGUAUCGGCAUUGUCUCGACAUGGACGACACGAUGGACGCUUUUGUGAUGGACCUCUCCUCCGUCAUUUGCCUGUCGAAGGUACUGAUACUGCGAUACAAUUGGAAGCAUACCUAUUCUCUGGUGAACACGAUCGCGGAAGACUGGUCCACCGUCGAGGAUUCCCGUCAUCGACGGAUAAUGGCCGAGUACCGUGAGAAAGGACGAUUCGUUUCCUCGACGAUGCUGUACUUGGGCUACGCCUCCGGACUAUCCUUCGUUGUCAAGGCUUUGCCGAUCCACGAUCUCCUGCCAUUUCAGAUGUUGGAAAAUUCGGAAAACUCGACAGGCCGAGUCGGCCAGUCCCCGAAGAAAAACUAUUUCAUGGCUACCUACUGCGUGUUCGGGCCUCAGCCCUUCACUCGACGGGCUUUCGUGCUGGUCGUGCAAGCGGUGUGCAUAUUCGUGAACGCGAUCGGCCAUUGCGGGAACGACGGUUUCUUCUUCAGCUUGACGAUGCAUCUGUGCGGUCAGUUCGAGGUGCUCAAGAUGAACCUCGGUGAAAUCGAGAUCGGGAAGGCCGGUCAUCGCAGGAGAAUGGGCAUGCUCGUGAAACGGCACUGUCGGCUGAUCUUGCUCGCGGACGAUCUCGAGAAGAGCUUUAACAUGGUCAUGCUGGUGCAGCUGCUGAUGAGCCUGUUGCUGCUUUGCGUCGAAGAUUUCAUGGUGCUGGUCUACCUGAACUCGAUGGACAACGUGGCCGUUCUGAAAUGCCUGGUGAUCAUCGUCACGUUGCUCACCCAGUUGUACGUUUACACGUACGCCGGCCACGUUCUGGAGUCCCGAACCGAGGAGAUCUCGUACGCUGCCUACGAUUCGCCCUGGUACCGUUCACGUGGACACGCAGCGAGGGAUCUAGCGUUGAUAAUCAACCGUGGAAACUCACCGUAUCGUAUCACAGCCGGGAGAUUCGUGUCGAUGAAUCUGGUCACGUUCAAGGAAAUAUUAAAAGCGUCCGUCUCCUAUAUGUCCGUUCUAAAAGUGAUGAUGGACACGUGA